AAUAGUUUCACAUGAAACUUGUGACAUUUUAGGUCUGAAGAUCAAGAAACCCACCUGUGGAAAAUCAAGGCACACCCUUUACCAAAGAUUACUACUGGAGAAAUAGUUGGAACUAUCGGUACGAGGUCAAGGUCGUGAUUGGUGCCCGAUUUUCCAACGUGGAAGCUUCAAUUUUUAUUUUUCCUCGUUGCCAAACGGUUGCUCAUACAAGAAGUGGUCCGAAUUAUCAAUUGGAGGAGAUGACUGGCAAGAGAGAUAUAAGCAUUCUAAAGCGAUGGAGACAGCAUCCAUGAAUCCCUACUCUACAUCGUGCACUGAACUUGAGUAGUUUUGUGGAGGAAGUGUUUGUUUGGAUUUAUUCUGGGAAAGAAAACAGUCUGUGGUUCAAAAUUCAUCUAGCAGCAGCCAUCAAACGUACAGAUGGGGAAGCAAAAGAAUGCUGAGUCACCUAAAAAGGAAGCAGACCGGGUGAAAUUCUUAACUGACAGUGCCCAACUGGCGAUUCCAAUUGGCUCCCUAUUUCAGGCUGAAGUGCCAGAGUGGAUUGGCGUGCCCAAUAAACAUCACCCUUGUGAUAAGGAUGAUGCUUCGGAUACUUCAAGGUGGCUAGGCACCAAGAGCUGGCCAAUUGAGGGCAGUAGUAUUACAAAUAGCGAUGCUGACAAGAUCGGGAAAGGGAGGCCUGACUCUUGCUCCUGUACAUCUCCUGGGUCUGCAAAAUGCGUCAAAUUCCAUAUACAAGAGAAAAGUGCUGAGCUCCAGCAAGAUCUGGGGCCAGCCUUUAGGGACUGGAACUUUCAUACAAUGGGAGAAGAGGCUGUUUUGAGGUCGUGGACCGCAAAGGAGCAGAGGAAAUUUGAGACCCUUGUUAAAGGACAUCCCCCAUCGCAACAUAAAAGUUUUCUUAAGCCCGCUAUGGAGGCUUUCCCAUCCAAGAGCAGAAAAGACAUUGUGAGUUACUAUUGUAAUGUGUUUGUACCUAGGAGGAUCAGCAAGCUGACCAGGGCAGGUUGCAAAACUAUUGACAGUGAUGACGAUGAGCCUAGUGAGAUCAUUAACUCUAAAACUUCUCGGAAAAGGUGUCAAGCUGAUAGUACCUCAUCCAGCUCUAAGCAAGUGAAGACUCCCUUCUUGCGUGGACACCGGUAAUGCUGCUAGCCUAUAACUCCUUUCAAAAUUCAUUGCAGGUCUUGGUUGAGCUUAAAAGGCUCCUUUCUAGUUUCUUGUAUCAUACAUAUAAACAGCUUUACUCGCAUGCCCUGAUCAGUACAUGGCAACUUGGCCCCAUUUCUGGCAUUUUCAUAUUAACCUGAAUAGUAUGAUACAAAUUUUGUGGCAA